AAUCGAAUAAUUAAUCGGUAUUUCCAUACACUUUUAUUUUGCAUUUGAAGUUCUUGAUCUUAGCCACAAUGCAAAACAUAGUAAAGUAGUGCGUGUGACUCGACUGAAAGUACGCAAAAGGCUGCAUAUUUAAAUACAUUUUUCCCGUCUUUCAAAAUGACGCAGAGACUCGUCGAUAACAUUAUCUGCCUCACACCAACCCCCACCGUUUCACGUACAGCCCUGGAUAUUGUGUAAAGCGCCGAUUGGUCCAGAGGCCAGAGUGGGCGUGGUCAGCCCGUUGCUACGAGCACCGUGACAUCACAAUCAGCUGUUUUGUCCGCUCUAUAUUCUGAUCCGCGGAUCAGCUGGGCGGCGAAGCAAUAACAUCACAAACAAUAUCUGCCGAAAAAACACCACAAGCUGCAGAUAUUUCGAUCUUAACGUCGUGUGAAUCAGACUUAACACGUAGAUUUCUUCUGAGAAGAAAGACCUUUUCAUAUUUUUUGUGAAUUUACUACCUCGUAUAUAAAGAACACCUAAAGCAAAGAUAUGCUUUAAGAUUUUUUCUCGUCGUGUAUAUUUUGUGGUCAUCGCGUUUACAACUUGAAUAAUUUUGCAGAUCUUGGAAACACCUGAACCAAGAGAGACCUUAAAUUCUAUGCCGCCUUUUCUGAUACUCUGUUACGAAAAAAGGCCAAGACAGCUGUGAUCAACUGCCCUCCGUCACAUCUCUUACACUGACUGUAGUUAAAAAUAGCUCAUUUUAAAAUAAGCAUUUAAGGCAGCUAUUCCUCAGGAAAAAACAUGUUCCAGCGGCUCAGCAGUCUGUUCUUAGGAAGCGUGGAGGAAGCUACUCCAGAGCUGAAGGGACCAAAGCCCUGUGUGACUGAGGCUGAUGAAGAAGGAUGGCUUCUAGUCAACCUGCCCGGCGAGAGCAGGCCGGAGGCAGCAUCGGUAGCAGAAAGUCACGCAUCUCACUCUCCUCCAACCUGCAAAAAGCGCAGAACCCGAGCAGGGAGGAUACAGGCAGCGCAUGCCACCUCCCGUCCCGUCUGCUCUCCUGGCCCCGCCUCCUUCUGGCACCCUGAGUCAGUAGAAGUGAAUGUGUUGUUAAGCAAGCGGGGCUCUUGCUCCUGUAGUGACUGCAGCAUGGAUGAGAGCUGGUUUGUCACCCCUCCCCCCUGUUUUACUGCAGAGGGAGCCACGGCGGAGGCCAGUCCCAUGGAAGACCUCCUCAUCGAGCACCCCAGCAUGUCUGUCUAUGUCUCACCUGGCCAUCUUCCUGCGAUGGAAGAGAGUGCCAUCAGCCUGGCCGGGAGUGUGAGGAUGUCUGAAUCAGCGCUUCCUGCUGUUACCAGGAGCAGUAUGCCCACACGGGUGACUAGAGGAGCAGCCGCGCAGGCCGGUGCCCUGACUAAAGUCACACAGAUGUCCAGGGUCCAGAGGGCCAAAGCCCGCACUGAGCGUCGCCACCUGGGACGCAACCUCGUGCAGCGCCAAAACCGCACGCGUGAACAGGUCCAGCGGCGCGCAACUCACACCCGCAACUCCUUCCUACACCAACCGUGCCAGCGCAACUGUUGCCACUGAGGCAUCAAAUGUUUACAUUGAGGGCAUUAUUACACACAGGCACCCCAUGUAACCUCUCCUUUCUCACUUGCCCUCUUUAAAGUCCUUAUGCUAUCUUUGCUUUAACGGCCAUCUUCUUAUUUCCUUAAAGAUUUAUAACAUUUGUUAGCCCUUGUUGCGCACGAGUGAGUUUAUGUAUAUCUUUUCUGACAGUCCACCACCAAGCAAAAUUUCUAUAUGUGUGCUUGCCACCUGUACCACCCGAGUGUCCUUGUAGAACACCUUAAUAAGAUCCCAGAAGAAGCAGGGAGUAUAUCUAAAACGGAGAAGCAUACAAACUCUAGGUAGCUCAACAAACAACAUCACAGGUGUACAGAACACCCGAGUGUGGGUCUCUGAUGCACGUGACGUGCUAGUGAAUUGUGAUUAAUUUAAUUUAUCUUUCAGAGCAUUUCCUCAAAACGCUAAAAACUGAAGUAUAGUUUUCUGUCAACAUCUAAUCGAAAAGGAAAAGAUCACGGGUGUCAGGGCUGUGUGCAAUUUCAUUUCAGCUCACAUUAUCAGCCUACAGAACUAUACGGAGAUGCUUUUAUUAUAUUGUAUACUACACAAGGAAUAAUUGAGAUCACAACUGAGAAAAAUGCAAAUGACAAAAAAGUAGUUUAGUUAAAGUGAUGAAUGAUUCACCACUGAAUGAAAAUUCUCUCACCCUCGUGUAAUUUCAUACCUUUAUUAACGACUUUGUUCUGAUGAACAGAUAAUUGGAAGAAUGUCAGCUAUUUUCAGUUCUGUGACAUCAUUAAGCCGGUGUCCAUCACAUUUGCAUUUUGAAGUUUCGCAUUAGAAACGAGUGAUGGAAACAGCAUUUUAAGAAUUUUUAUAAUCGUCUGCUUGUGCAAGUAUUAUUAUAUGUGAAAAUCCUUAUAUUCAGUGGCUUCUCUUCUUUUCCUACUGAUAUUUUUAGUGGCACUUUAUUAGGAAGUGACACUUGACAAGUUGGAUGGAAACGGUGCUUAUUCGCAAAAAAAAUUUACGCGAUAUUCCAAUGUUGAGCAUGAGCUAAAUGUGCAACUUUGCAUGGAAACCCGGCCAUCGACAACCAUAGUAGGAGAAAUUGAAAUGGUCGUCCAAGGUGCUUCAGAACUGUCUGCUUUCCUCAAUUCUUCAAAAUUUUCAACAUUUCAUAAACAAUACAAUAUUUUUUUCCUACUAUGGUAGUGGAUGAUGUCCCAGAACUUGCCACCAUUCUUACAAAUAUCUUUCUUUGAGUUUAGCAGAACAAAGAAAUGUAUACAAGUCUGAAACAACCUGAGGGUGACUAAAUGAUGACAGCAUUUUCAUCUUUGUGUUAACUAUCCCUUUAAUGUUCUUCAUUCUCAUAAAAAUAAUGCAAAAUGGUUUUAAAAUAGGCUUUCAUUUUCAUGCGACUGAAUCUGACGCUUGACCAUUGACAAGAGUUUUGUUUAGAUAUGUUUAGCAGAUACAAUCUCCAGGAAAGUUUCAAUGUUCAGUACAUCGUGCCUAUGAACAAAGACAGAAAGAAAGUUCCACAUAUUUAGAUUGGGGUUGUUAUUUUCUUUGUUUGUGCUUUUCAUCAGACCAUCUCUGUGAUCUAAAUUAAAAGAUGUCCGAGCACUCGUCCUCUCACACAAACGUCAAAUUCUAAAAUGUGCACUUCCUCAAUAGUCGGCACAUUUCAUGGAAUCCUUUCUUAUUUGUGUAUUCAGUCAUGAAUAGACUAACAAUGGUGCUGAAUAUAUAUAUAUAUAUAUAUAAUUGUUUGUACAUUUUUGAGACUGUUUUUUCCAAAACAGUGAAUGAGAUGCCAACAUGCAUGAGUUGUGCGACCCUACAAGAGAAAAAAGGAUAGUUGAAACUAUUUAAACUUUAGUGUUUGAGUUGAAACAUCAGCUGUCUGUUUGGAUGGCGUAGCUUUACCUUAAGUCUGUUCCUCCAAAUACUUGAGUACACAUUUAUUUCACAAACCAAUUUUUGCCAUGUUGUCAGUCCCACUGUCUGUUAGAUCAUGCACCGAAGACUUGAUUUUUCAUGCAAUUUUCUUUUGUUUAAUCACUCUUGUCUUUCCUAUCACCUGCCACUAUCUGUAAAAUAUUGUAAAAGUAGUAGUAGACUAAAGCUAUAUUUUAUGAAGCAUCUUAACUUUUAUUUCUUUGGUUUAAUUUAAAAUGACAUCUUUACAGAGAGCAUAGUAAGAAUGUCAGUGGUAUGUCUAGGUAAAUCAAAUGCCCUGUAGCCUUACAAGGGUCCUUAACACUGUCCACUUGAAAGCUGUCGUCCGUUCGCAUUGUAUUGGUAUUAACAUCAAGACAACGCAAUGUCCCAAAACUGCUAUCUUUGUUAGAGAUCCACCAGUCCUGUUCAACACCGCAGCUAGACACCGUAUACUCUGUGUUUGUUUGUGUGUGUGUGUGUGAUUAUUUAAGUUGUUGAGGUCAAAUGUCCGUUAGGCCUCAUAAGAUAUAUAGUUGUUGUGAUUUGAGUGGGUAGGAGGAUGAUUUAAGACAUAAAAAUAAGAAAGGUCAACAAAAAUAAAUAUGCUUGUAUUUUUUCCUCACAUUGUUAAAAGAAGAGAUGUUCACCCUAAUGACAAAAUGCAGAGUAUUAAAAAUGUUUGGUGUGUAUGACAUCUUUGGUGAUUGUGCCUUUACUGCACUAUUCUGCUUGGUUUUCAUGAUGUGACAACUGUUACAUCCACAUGAGAUGGACAUCAGAGACCUAUGCAAAAUACUAGGAUGGGUUUCCAGCAUCCAUUCAGAAAUGCAGGUACCAGACAAUAACAAUAAACACUCAGGAUGCAACUGCA